AUGCAUCCUCUACAAGUUCAUGUGAUGGACUUAUUGUUCUCUGAUCAUUCUCCAAUGGGUAUAGAGGUUGAGGGAAACUGUGAUAAAAAGAAGCGGCCUUGUAAAUUGUACAAUUGUAUGGCAGAUCAUCCUGAUUUUUGGAAUAUAGUAGAGGCUAAUUGGUCUUUACAUGAAGGAAAUAUGGUAGCUAUAUGGCAGAAUUUGAAAACUGUAAAAUCAGCUUUGAAGAAUUUGAAUAGGACGGAAUUUAUGAAUAUAACUGAGAAGAUUAGCUUCAUCAGAGAGAAACUGAAAGAUACACAAGGGAGAAUGAGGAAUUACAAUACCCCAAAUAUACAAUGGCUGCAAUUGGGGGAUACAAAUAGUGCAUAUUUCAUUGCUAGCAUGAAGAGGAGAAAGCUACUAGGAAAUGCAAGUCAAAAUGUACCUGCUAUUCACCCUGGAUGGAUAAAGAAUGGAACAGUUCUUACUCAAAGCCAUCAGCUACAACUUGUUACUCCUUUUACAAAAGAGGAUGUAAUUAAAGCCCUGAAAGGGAUUGAUGACAUAAAAGCACCUAGAGGGGAUGGAAAGAUGUAUAAGCCAAUAAACACUACAACAGUUACUUUAAUCCCCAAAGUUAAGAAUCCAGCUUCGAUCAGGGAAUACAAGCCAAUCUCUUGUUGUACCAUACUAUACAAGAUUAUUUUCAAGAUGUUAACAAGUAGAUUGAUGCAAGUGACGGAUACUUUGGUAGAUGAUAGCCAAGCAGAUUUUGUCCCCGGUAGAGUUUUGACAGAUAACAUCCUACUCAGCCAUGAGUUGGUAAAGGGUUAUGGUAGGAAAAGGAUCUCGCCUAGAUGUAUGAUCAAGAUCGACAUGCAGAAAGCGUAUGACUCCCUUGAAUGGGUAUUCCUGGAACAAAAUUUCUCAAAAGCUUCAGGACUUGUUGCAAACCAAAACAAAAGUUGUGUGUACUUUGGUGGAGUAUCAGUAGAUGCACAACAAGAGAUCCUCUAG